AUGGCUGAGGGAUCUUCUGUGAGUGCACAUGUACUCAAAAUGAAAGAUUAUGUUGAGCAACUUGCCCACCUCGGAUUCCCAUUUGGGGAUGAGCUAGCGACCGAUGUGAUCCAAGCCUCAUUGCCUAAGUCAUUCAACCAAUUUGUGAUGAAAUUCACAAUGAAUGAUUGGGAGAGGAGCAUCAAUGAGCUUCAUAACAUGCUCAAAAAUGUUGAGGGAAACAUCAAGAAAUCUGGGAAGAUUCAAGUUUUGAUGAUCCGUGAGGGUCAAAUAUCCAAGAAGAAAACCGGUAAUAAUACCGGUAAGGGGAAAGGCAAAGUUGCCAAGAAAGGCAAGGGAAAGGGAAAGGGUAAAGGGAAGCCUCCUUCUACUAACCCAACUCCUAAAACAAAGAAUGCUGCUGACUCUAAUUGCUUUCACUACCAUGAAAAUGGACACUAG